AUGAUCAAGACCGGCCUCAACCUCCUCCCCUUCGCCACCAGCAAACUCCUCGCCGCCGCCGCCCUCCUCGACGCCCCCUACGCGCGCUCCAUCUUCGACCGCAUCCACACCCCCAACCUCUUCAACUACAACACCGUCCUCCGAGCCUACUCCAUUGCCCCCAACCCAGCCGUACAGGAAGCCCUGCCUCUAUUCAAGUCCGUCAAAGCCCAGGGGAUCCCUUUGGACCAGUUCUCCUUUAUCUCCACCCUUAAGAUAUGUGCCCGUUGUUUAGCCCUUGAGACCGGCCGGCAACUCCAUGGGUCCAUCCUUAGGUCUGGAUUCCAGCUUUACCUCACCGUAAGGAACAUCCUUAUCCAUUUCUACUGCGCUUGUGGCGGGCUAACCGGGGCUCAUCAGUUGUUCGAUGAAAUGCCUCAGAGAAGAGAUGCAGUCUCCUGGAGUGCGCUCAUUGGCGGGUAUCUCCAGAUAUCGCAGCCCGGAAAGGUGAUGGGUUUGUUCAGGGAAAUGCACGUCAGUGGUUAUGAUAUCAAUGCUGCUUCUAUUGUUAGUGCUCUUUCCGCCUCCUCCGAUGCCUGCGGUCGCGGAGGUGGAUUGCUGCAUGGGUAUUGCAUGAAGGUUGGGCUUUGUUCGGACUUGAAUGUGGCAACGGCAAUAGUGACGAUGUACGCGAGAACUGGAUGCAUGGGUGCCGCGAGACAGGUCUUUGACGUGAUACCGAGAAGGGAUUUGGUUCUGUACAACUGCAUGGUGGAUGGGUAUGCUAAAGGAGGACUUGUCGAUGAAUCCUUGGCUUUGGUCCACCAGAUGAAGUAUGAAGGAGUGAGGCCGGAUGCAGCAACCUUCGUAGGAUUGCUUUCAGCUUGUGCCUCCUCUGGAGGUCUGGCAAUAGGCCGGCACAUCCAUGAGCAUGUCCAAGAGGAGCGUCUGGAGCUGGAUGCCACUCUUGGAACUGCGUUUGUGGAUAUGUAUUCGAAAUGUGGAUGCCUUGACAAGGCAACUGAAAUUUUUGAUAGGAUGCGAGAUAGAGACGUGAAAGCAUGGACAAGCAUGAUCUUGGGUUUUGGAGUUAAUGGCCGGACAGCUGCUGCUCUCCAGCUCUUCUAUGAGAUGGAAGAGAAAGGAGUGAAGCCAAAUGAAGUCACCUUCUUGGUAGUUCUGAGUGCUUGUAGUCAUGGAGGACUGGUGGAGGCAGGGAAGGAAUUGUUCGAGAGAAUGGUUCAAGAGUAUGGGUUAUCUCCAAGGAUGGAGCACUAUGGAUGUAUGGUUGAUCUCUUGGGCAGGGCAGGGUUGUUGGACGAGGCAUACGAGCUUAUAAAGAGCCUUCCUUUGAAAGAGGAUGCAGUAGCAUGGAGAGCUUUACUUGCGGCAUGCAAAAUCCAUGGAAAUAUCGAGCUUGGAGAAAUGGCACAACAGGCUUUGGUACCACUCUGCGAUGAGCAACUGACAGGCUCGAUCCUUCUAUCCAGCACCUAUGCCCUUGCAGGGCGGUGGGUAGAUGUAGCACGAAUGAGGGAUUUAGAGGGAGAGAAGAUGAUGGACAAGAAGGAACCUGGAUGCAGCAUAAUUGAGAUAGGUGGUUAG